GACCAAGAACAUACAUCAUCCCGUCCCCUAUCCCAUACUACCUCGCCAUGGGUCUUAAGCGCAAAAUGUCCACUGAAUUCGACGAUGCUCCCAGCGCUAAAGUCUUGAAGCUCGUACCGUUCCCAACAUACGACACUGAUACUGACGUUGCUAUGUCUGACGUAUCGUCUGACUUCGACCUCAUCCCCUCGCAUGCGCGCCCUACGCAUUUGUCGUCCGCCUCUUCGUGGUCCUCGGCAUCGAGCUCCCCUAGUCCAGUUGCGUCUUACCCAGCGCUGGAGAUCUACCCAUUCCCGUCCGACAACAACGGCCAAGUUUCCGCGGUCGCCGAGCAGUCCGUCGGACUCAUUCAGCCAGCCUGUGAUGCACCAAAACUCCAUCACGCCGGAUUUAACUGCACCCAAAUCCCGAAACUGCGCGUAGCAUGCGAGAGCGGCCCCGGCGGACGACGAACGAUGUGGAGUCACUGUGAACAAUGCGGCGCUAUCACCAUGAUUGACACCGACUAGAUCAACAAGCCCUCGCGACCCCCGGUAUCAACAUCUUCGGCUUCAUCCCUUUUGCAACAAUCCUUUCUAUCUCUCCACUACCGACUCUCUACUGUCGACACGUGCAAUAUUUCUGACUCAUGGACUGACGCCUCGCAUCUCGUGUAUUCAUCGCCGCUUUUUAUUUACUCAUAUACUCUCCCGUCGCUUUAUCAUCUUCCUUAUUGGCUGAUCUGGUGCUACUGAAGUCUCGCUAGCUCGAUUCUGCCGAUUACCGAACCCUCAAACCGCCCCUCCACCAGCAGGCUCAACCUUCAUCAGCACUAUCGACAGCCGCCUGCACGUAUUACUCUCUC